AUGGAGACCUUGAUGGAGGGAAAGUCGGAGCGUUUCUACCUAGUUGCGGAGGAUCUGUUCUUAUCUCUGCUUUGUUCCUUUGGCAAUUGGUACAACAAAUCAGGUCGAGCCGAGCUUCACAGGCUUUCCUCCAAUUCUUCGAACUCUUCCGAAAGCCCGGCGGAGAUGUUUGCGCACGAAUGGCAUGGAUUCCUCCCUCCCUGCCACAUGAGGGUGCUUCAGGUGUGCCCCAUUUUGGCAUUGCUGGCUAUUUUGUUGACCACUCCGGUUCUUCUAGUGCGUAUCAUGUCCCGUGUCAACCUUCGGCAGCAAACCCGAUACCUUCUCCUAGCCAAUCUGCUCUUCAGUGACCUGCUCUUCGUUUGUAUGAUCAUCUUGAGUGCCUGCAUCAAUUCGGCUGGUGUGCUGAUGACCGAGUGGCCGUGUGCUGUUCUGCUGUUCCUAUCAGCAAUUCUAUACAGCUGUGGGGUGCUUAGUAUUACAGCAAUGGUGCUGGAUACCUGCUUUGCGGUGUUGGCACCUCUUCGCUACCUUGCAGUUUGGCCCGUCUCGAGAACCUACGGAGCAGUUGCCAUCAUCUGGGCCAUCUCAGUCUUUUUUCCUGCAGCUGCUGUUGGGAUGUUUUUGUGGUACCAUAGCACUGGUCCAUGCGCCCUCCAUCUUUGCUCCUUACCUUUGCUGAUUGUUUUAACUGUUAGCCAUUUUCGCCCUCUGCACGUGUCCAUGCUCCUGACUAUCACUGGUAUCAUCUGUAUCCUACUUCUGGUGUUGUCUGGUUAUCUCAUCCUCUACUUUUGCACCCGUCCUUCAGGCGUGUGGAAAGGCGAGGCCUGGUCCCGCGCUAGAGGAACUUUUCUUAUUCAUUACCUCCACCUGUUCUUGGCUUUCUGUCCUCUGCUGGUGUUGGUGAUUGAGCUGAUGCUUUGCCAUAAAAGUGAGACCGUGGACCUCCGAGCGAACCUGUGGAUGUCCCUGGUGGUGUGUAACGUCCUGCUGGUCCUGCCCAAAGCCUUCGCUCCUUAUCUGUACGGCCUGCGCUAUAGAGAACUGUGCAGGGUUUUGGUCCAGUUCUUUCGGCUGAACAAGCCCACAGAAAUCACACCUGUGAUAUAAAGAUGCGUGUUCGAACCUGUGGAGAAGACUUUUGAGAGGGAUGUUGAGUUUGUUGUGAUGAAACUUUUGAAAUGAGCCAGCUGUACUGAUGCUCGACUGUCUAUUUUUUAAGAAUAAUGUGAGAAUAAUCAAGGCUAUAAUGAAAUUCACUUGAAUAUUAUCAUAAAUACAUUUGCUGUGUUUAUUAUGGUGUUAUGUAUGUAUACUGUGUGUUUUGGUAGUAAAAACUCUAAGGCUAUCAAUUAUUCAUACAUUCAUUCAUUUUCCUUUGGCUUAGUCCCUUUAUUCAUCAGU